CUCGUCUAAAUCAGCCGGAGUGCCGGCGAUUACUACAUGUAGUAGUCGCCACAUGCCGCGCCAGCUUCAGCAGCACAUGCAUAUUACGAUUAUGUCCUAUGUCCCCUGUCCAGUAAUUAUCUCACAUAUUCUUAUCACAAGAGCCCGUGGCCUCUAUGUCUACUAUACUUACAUAUAUUCAUCCAUCAAUCCAUCAACCCAUCAACCCAUACGUUGACGGUUCACUUCAUUGCUGCAUCACUCCACCCACCAUGAUCGAUCCUCUUCUCACUAACAAAAUGGCGUCACAGACCUUGGACUUAGAUCCCCAGAACUCUUGCUCACUUAGAAAAGAACAAGAUUUAUCACACCCUUUAAGUCUCGCAUUUAAUCUAUCAGAAUCUCGCUUUUCUACUAGGUCGCCAUCUAUAUCCUCCACCUCAAGUCAGGACACCAUGUCGAGCAACACUACUAACACAUCCGCUUCAUCAAACCAAGUGGUUGAAAAUGCCUACUUCAGCUCUAACCCACCCCCCAAGGCUUUACCGCAGCAUGUUGCGGCCGCUGAAUCAUUCAUAAAUCAACACGCGGCGGCGAAUAGGCGGGUUGUUCUUGUUACCUCGGGUGGGACUACCGUGCCUCUCGAAAAGCAAACAGUACGCUUUAUUGAUAACUUCAGCGCCGGAACAAGAGGUGCCACAUCGGCCGAGUAUUUUCUAGAGUCUGGAUAUGCUGUUAUUUUCAUGCAUAGACAGUUCAGUCUACUCCCGUACAGUCGGCACUAUAGUCAUUCCACAGACUGCUUUCUAGACUUCCUGCAUGAGGACCCGGAUGGCAGUGUCGUCGCGAACCCGGCACACCAAGACAAGAUGCUGCGUGUGCUACGCAAGUACAACGCUGCUAAGCGACAGAAUCUCCUACUGAUGCUCCCGUUCGUGACUAUCACCGAUUAUUUGCACGAGUUACGCGCAGUAGCACAGCUCAUGCGCCCACUGGGUCCUAACGGCCUAUUAUAUCUCGCCGCGGCAGUAAGCGAUUUCUUUGUACCGGAAGAACGCAUGUCGGAACACAAGAUUCAAAGCACAGAUGCCACAGACAUGCUCAAGAAGCAAGGGCCGAAGACAGUCACGAAAGAGCCUAGGGAUUCGUCGAACCAAGAAGAGGAGACGUUCGACAACUUUGACUCAUCACCAGCCGUGCCGCGGAGUAAGCGUCUUAUCGUCGACCUAGAUCCUGUGCCUAAAUUCCUCAAAAAUCUCGUAGACGGCUGGGCGCCCGAGGGUAUGAUUGUCUCGUUCAAGCUGGAGACUGACCCGGCGAUCCUCGUCCACAAGGCCAAGUACUCGCUCGAGCGGUAUCAGCACCACCUCGUCAUCGGGAACCUGCUGUCGACACGAAAGUGGGAGGUCGUCUUCGUAGCGCCCAAUUCAGAGGAUAAAUGGAUUCGCGUCCCCAUCAACCGGCGCAAGAAGACGCUGAGCGGCAUCGAGGAAUUGAUUGGCGCAUCAGACCAAAAUAGUGGAGAGAACAAGCCGUUAGAUCCGGCGACGCUGCCGGAGGGCGAACCCGAAAUGGAGAUUGAAAGUUUGAUUAUACCCACCGUCGAGGAACUACACUCGAAGCACAUAAGGUUAGCUGCUGAGAGGAACGGGCCCAAGUAAUAGGUUAUUCGGUCCAAGUGAGUUGCUUUGUUAAAUCAUGGGCGGCGUUUUGUGUAUAUAGUAUAUAUUCCCAAUGUCGAUGUCCCCGGCAGAAUCCAGUAAUUGUAUUUUAUCUUGCUAUAGCUUAUAUAUAGCAAGAAGCCAAGAUUUUCCGAGACGCUGAUAGCCACCUCAAAUACGAGCUAAGCCAUUUAUAUGUACAUAGCUCAGAGUGGCGUGAUGUUGCAUGAAAUUAUAUGACAGUGGUAUAGCUACUACCCACUCCCCGAUCAUCAAUGGCAAUCUUUAUAA